UGAAAACAUGGGAAAUGAGGAGAGAAAAAUGGAAGUUGCGUCUAAAACUCAAACCCCCAUACAGUCCCUGAUGAACCAGCGGGGAUUUUUACUGCUCUGGAAGCAGAUGGAAGUUUUUAAAGAGAGCUGGACCCAACGACAGAUGGGUGUUGAGACAAUAAACAGCCCUGCACAGUUUAAACACUUUUCUCAGCUUUACAGGGUGGAGAUUUACUUUCCCAGCAUGCAAGCUCUGGCCCAGCAGAUGGAUAAGGAGAAGGAAUAUGAGAUUGUGCUAUCUCAGAGUCAGUCUGUCCUCCCACCAGCUGGAGCAGCAGAAGUUGACGUCAAAACGUGGCAGUUACUGAGACUCUUGGAGAUCACGGAGUGUGACAUGAUCCGAGCUCUUCAGAAGAGGAUUAACAGUGAAGUGACUCUAGUGAUGUCGGAGCGCUCUCGGCACGACCCGGGACUCCCCACAGAACUGUGGAAACGGCCUUCAAUGAAGCACAGCGUCUCUCUAGAGAGACCUCAGAUUGUGGAGGAUUUCAUCCAGCGGUUGAUGAACGGUGCUGAGGGUGAGACCGAUGGACAGGUGACGUUCUCCAGCACUCAUCUGCAGGAGUGUUUGACUGAACUGGCUUGUGAUGUGAUGAGCCGUGAGCGGAGUGUCUUCCAGAGCUAUUCUCAGUUUUAUGAGCAGAUCCUUCAACAGCAGGAACAACUACUCUACCAGAGAGAGCAGGACAUUAAAGAACUAGAGGCCAAAGAAACGCAGGCCAGUGACCCCUACAGAAAGGUGGCGGACGUGUGUCGGGGGAUGAUGAUUGACAUCACGGCUCUGCGUGCCAGAGUAAGUCAACUGGAGGAGGAGAAGAGAAGCUUAGAUCAACAUCUCAACCUCAAACACAGAGAACGCUAUGACACGCUGGUCCGCCAGCUCUUUUCCUCAUGCGUUCUUUUGAAGUCACGUCUUGACAAAUACCACAUGAAUAUGGACCAAGAUGUGCGACAGCUGGUGAGCAGCGUGAGGAAAGAAGGCGUGGACAGGAUCAUCAAACUGAAAAAUAAAUUGUCCUCCACUAAUGAUAAUGAGACCCUCAUUCACACACUUCAGGAGAAAGAGGUAUUAGAAGAUCUUCAUGCAGAGAACAGCAAGCUAGCUGGACUUCUGUGUAAACUGAGAACCUUCAGCCACUGGAGGCUGGUGAUCGGUCAAGAGAAGCUGCAAAAAGAGCUGCUGCAGUGGCAACUGAAUGAGGUGUCAUGUAAAACCGAAGCACUUAAAUUGAAGAUGAUCUCAGAGCAGCAGGAGAUUGUUCAGAAAGAAGAGCUUGAUGCUGUGAAGGAGGCCAUGCUACAGUCUAAGAGUGACUAUGAGCAGAUGAGGAGACAGAUCAUUCAGCAGUCUCAGAAGCUGCAAGACGUGGAGCAUCGCUCUACACGAGACGCACAAAGCCGACAGGAGCUGGAGAGCCUGAAGAGACAGAGCCUGGAGCAGCUGCAGGAAGAUGUGCAGGACAGAGAGAGUCAACUCAGGACUCUGAGCGCACAACUCGAGAAAAACAGCAAAGAGACGGAGCUAUGGCAACAGCGCAGACACAAGCAAAUCAAACAAGUGAGAGGUCAGCUUCAUCAGGAGCGGAGCCUGAAACAGGAGGCGUUCCAGCAGGUCGACAAACUACAAAGUCAGAUGCACAAUUUUGAGGCAGCAUUGUGCAAAUCUACAUUUGCUUCAGGACGCCAAAGCUCCUCUUCGAGAAGGCUACAUUUAAGAAACACAUCGGCAGGAUUGCUCAGGAACAACUCAGUUAUGUCUACAAACAGUAGCUUUAUAAACACAAUCGAUGACCUCAACAAUGAAUCUGGUUGGAUAGAGUCUUGGACACCUCUUGAUAGACCCAAAACAUAUUCCAGUCAUCUUCGUCUGGACAUUUCAGAGGCGCUGUUACCCAGUCUUCCUGAUGGAAUCGCAUCUUCCAACCACCAGUCAUACCAUAAUCUUAGAUUGGGUCACAAGUAAAUCAUCUGAAACCUCACAAACUUAGACCUUUUGACACUUGUAUUGAUAGAGAUUGUAGAGAGACGACAGGAUAUUAGAGGAGAGAAUGGAGGUAGUUGUAAGUUGGAUCUGAAAACGUCUCGGUUACGGAUG